UUUUGUCCACCAUUAAUGGCUACUGCUCAAACUUUUCAAAACAACAAAAAUGAAGCUAACCGGCUAGAAAUCCAAGCUGCCAUUUCGACAGCCGUCGAGCUGAGAGCUAUCCACGCUGCGUUGUUGCAAAGGAGCAGCCCUGCAAAUCUCAGGUUACCUGGGUCUGUCUCUCCUUCCAUUUCACGACCUUCUUCUCAGUUUUCCACUCAAGAUUACCCUGUCUUCACUCCGAGUUAUGAAGAGGAAUCAUUAUCUGGGAAUCACCAAAUCCCAUUGGAGAACCGAGCAUUGUCUGGAAACUGGGAUGGUUACAUGCUAGAAGCAGGAGAAGAGGAUGAUGCUGAUUACUCCGAGAUUAAAAGGGAAGCUUCCUCAUCGACAAAAGGGUUUCCUUCUGGUCUGUUUAGCAGAGACCCCCACAUCUGUUCAGUUGAACAUCAGAAAUCCAUAACCAGUUCUUAUGCAAACCACAUUGCAGUCCUUCAAGCAUCACCCGGAACAGAUUUAUUCAAGUCGAGUAGGAGAACCGGUUCUGGGGACUUCAAGAGAUUGACGACUUGCAAUAGAUGCAAAACUGCAAUUAUCAGUUCUGAAACCGAUAAUAGAGUCAAGAACACCAAGAAUUCUAAUAUGGUGGUGCCUUUAACAGAUUCUCACAUAUCAGUUCAGCCACAAUCAAAACACAGAGGACCCAUCCUCUCAUGGUUGUUUCCUCGGUUAAAGAAGAAGCACAAGAAUGGAACCUCUCCGAACCGAGCAGAAUCCGAAGAAGUCUCCCAAAUUUUCAAGAAUUUUGGGAUACUGUCAAUUGAAUCCUUGAAGAAGAAGUUAAUUGAGGCCAACGAGAAUAGAGAUGCAGCUUUGAUGGAGGCUGCAGAGAUGAAAUCUUCCUUGGGGGAGCUGAAACAUAAGCUGGAGUACUUAGAGACUUAUUGUGAAGAGUUGAAGAAGGCUCUGAAACAAACAAUGCAGGGAAAGGACACCCAAGUUCCAGAAAGGCCUGGUAAUCUGCCAAACAGAGGGAAGUGGAUUGAUGGGAACAGUGAAAAUUCCAUGCCAGUGAGCCAUGAAGUCAUGGUGGAGGGUUUCUUGCAAAUAGUAUCAGAAGCAAGGUUGUCAAUGAAACAAUUCUGCAAGACUCUUAUUGAUCAGAUUGAAGAAACGGAUAGCAAUUUGAUGGACCAGUUAAACUUGAUUCUUCAGCCAUAUAAACUGACUCUUAACUCCAAGUAUUCAAAAGCAGUGCUGUAUCAUUUAGAAGCUCUUAUAAACCAGUCUCUCUACCAGGACUUCGAGAACUGCGUGUUCCAGAAGAAUGGCUCCCCAAAAGUAUUAGACCCUAAGCAAGAUCGCCAAGCACAGUUCUCAUCAUUUGUUGCUCUGAGAAAUUUGAGCUGGAAUGAAGUACUAAGGAAGGGAACCAAGUACUACAGUGAUGAAUUCAGUAGGUUCUGUGACCAGAAGAUGAGUUGCAUAAUUUCUACACUAAAUUGGACAAGACCUUGGCCUGAACAGCUACUUCAAUCUUUCUUUGUUGCUGCAAAAUGCAUCUGGUUGCUACAUUUACUUGCGUUCUCUUUCAAUCCGCCACUUGGGAUCUUAAGGGUUGAAGAGAACAAGAACUUUGAUCCAAUAUACAUGGAGGAUAUUUUUGUAGAUCGACAGAGACCCCAAACUCCGGCUCGGGUUAAGGUCAUGGUGAUGCCAGGAUUCUAUGUUCAGGAUAGAGUACUCAAAUGUAAGGUUAUUUGUAAGUAUAAAACUGUAGCCUAAACCAUUAAUUUCUUUCUUCCUCUCUGUUUCUUGAUUGGACCAACUUUUUCUUGUAACUUUCAGAUUUAAAUUGAUUGAUAUUCAAA